CUCCCUCCAUGUCUAUUCCUUUAAUGCUUCUUCGCGGAUGCAAUUGGGCUGACAACACGUUUCCACCAUGGACGGCGAUCCUGCGGUAGAGCCUCAGCUCGAUGCCUUCAGCCUGGUGUUUCCUCUGCCAUACCGGGUCGGCUUCAUAGUCACUCUGGCCCGGGUCAUCGCCUACGACUGGAUGCCCAUGACAUACCUGGUCGCUCUGGUGGCAUGCUUCUUCGUCCCUUUGCGCAAUCUGCCUACGGGUGGCCGGAGGCGCUUCCUUGCGACGCUGCGCCGCGUAAGCAUCGGCGGGAUUGCGGAGGCGCAGGAUGGCAAGUUUGGGGACAUCUUGCUGGCGGAUGUCUUGACAUCGUAUGCCAAGGUGUUUGGCGACGUCUUUGUCACGCUGUGCAUGUUCUUCAGCGCUGGGGGCUCUUCCACGGAUCAUCCCAACAGGAGCUGCGGGGGCACACUCUUUGUGCCACUGCUCAUGGCCAUACCGAGCAUGAUCCGUCUGCGCCAGUGCCUCAUCGAGUACCUGAGAGUUCGCCGGGCCCCCUUCAAGGAGUCGACGGGCUGGGGUGGCCAGCACCUGGCCAACGCGCUCAAGUACUCAACCGCAUUCCCCGUCAUCAUCACGAGCGCCAUGCAAAGGGGGGCCGGGCCAGAUAGCGACAUGGCCGCCCUGCACCGGGCCUGGCUGGUCGCCGUCACGGUCAACUCGCUGUAUUCAUUCUACUGGGACGUGGCCAAGGAUUGGGACCUGACGCUCUUUUCCUCGCGAGAGCGGGCAUCAGUGCACCACCCGUGGGGCCUGCGCGAUCGGCUCGUCUUCCGCUCCGCUGGCCUGUACUACGCCGUGAUUGGCCUUGAUUUGAUGCUGCGUUGCUCGUGGUCGAUGAAGCUGAGUCCCCAUCUGGAUAAAUUUAGCGACUAUGAGAGUGGCAUCUUCCUCAUUGAGCUGCUAGAGGUCUUCCGCCGGUGGAUGUGGAUCUUUUUCCGCGUCGAGACGGAAUGGAUUAGGAAUACAUCUACAGGGCUCGGCAUCGACGAUAUUCUGCUGGGCGACUAUCAGGGAAAGGACGACGAUGAUUAGCAGGCGGCUGCCGCACGACGUAUGAUUUGGCCGAGUGUCUGUCGUUGAUCGUUUCGGCCGAAGGGGGAAAAGAAGAAGCACUUCAAGCAC